GUAUCGACCCACACGCCACUUCCGCAAACCUGAAGCAAAGUAUUCCAUAGUAAAGAAUACUAUUAUUUCCGUAACAAGCUGUUCUUGUUGGGCGACACGGCCCGCAUGGAAGGAAGGGCUUUGUGUGCGUGAGUCAAGCCGCCCGGGUCACACCCAUCCCUGGCUCUCCCCCUCCCGCCCUGCCCGCCAUGUUCUGGAGGAGCCUGCCGCUAGCGUUAGCAUUAGCAUCACUUUAGCUAGGCGGAGGCGCAACAAGCUAUUAUUAAGUUAUUCCCCCCCGCAUCAGAAGGACGAUAUUUAUGGCGCCGCGGACCCGGAGUAUUGUUUGAAUCCACGCCAGCUCGGUACAUCCGGUAAUGGCAUGGUCCAAAGUACUGCUGGCACUUGGCGUGUGGAGAUGGUUUUAACAGACGUUCUGGAGGACUCAGGAACACUGCACUGGCCUGGAGAAGCCUCAUAAACCCUUUAUCCGGCACACACUUUUCUAGACGAGGAUUGUUGGUCCCACGCGCUGUGAGAAAGGACACAGACUCCUCACCUGUAGCUGGAAUACGCAAAGUUGGUCCCCUCCGUGAGCUUUCCUUGUUUGUCAUCCCGUGUGUCCCACCUCAACCGCCACAAUGCCAAGCUCCACCAUCCGUCGGCAGAUGAAGAACAUGGUGAACAACUACUCUGACGCAGAGAAGAAGGUCCGAGAGGCCACCUCCAACGACCCCUGGGGGCCCUCCUCCUCGCUGAUGUCCGAAAUUGCCGACUUAACCUACAACGUGGUGGCCUUCAGCGAGAUCAUGAGUAUGAUCUGGAGGCGGCUCAAUGACCACGGCAAGAACUGGCGCCAUGUCUACAAAGCGCUCACCCUGCUCGACUACCUGAUCAAGACGGGUUCAGAGCGCGUGGCGUUGCAAUGCAAGGAGAACAUCUUUGCCAUCCAGACGCUGAAGGACUUCCAGUACAUUGACCGCGACGGGAAGGACCAGGGCAUCAAUGUGAGGGAGAAGAGCAAGCAGCUGGUGGUCCUUCUCAAAGACGAAGACCGUCUCAAAGGAGAGAGGUCUCAGGCUUUGAAGACCAAAGAGCGCAUGGCCCAAGUGUCCACGGGGAGUACUCAGAUGGGCUUUGGUCGUGGCUCAUCCCAGCCCAACCUCUCCACUUCCUACAGUGAAGAGUACGGCAGGUCAGAGGGCUCGCCUGCCUCCUACCAUGGCUCCACAUCUCCCAAUGCGGGCUCAGAACUGGAGCAGGCCAGGCCUCAGACCAGUGGUGAAGAGGAGCUACAGUUGCAACUCGCUCUGGCCAUGAGCAGAGAGGCUGCAGAGCAGGAGGACCGCGUACGCAGGGGCGAUGAUUUGAGACUACAGAUGGCCUUGGAGGAGAGUAAGAAAGGAGGUCCAGGCUCUGGCAAACUCACCAGAAAGAAAAACGACCCACAGUCCGCUCUGAUGGAUUUGAUGGAUGUCCCAGAGCCAGGUGCUACUGCUGAUCCCUGGGGUGGAGGAGCUGUAGCCAAAGGGGACCCCUGGAAGUCUUAUGGUUCUACUCCUAAAAGGGCAGCGGACCCAUGGGGGGCUCCUACCUCUGUGCCACCCAUGAAGAGCAGUGAUCCCUGGGCUUCAAAUUCCACCCCUGCGUCUGAUCCCUGGGGAUCAGCCGCUACUCGCCCCAAGGCUUCCAACACAGGUAGCUUUGACCUGUUCACUGAAUCCAAUGGUACGUCCAAAGAGGACUUCUCAGAGUUUGACAGCCUGCGCUCCUCCUCCUCUGUCCCUGCUGGUGAUGGUGGCAUAGCGUCGUCUAUUCCCUCCCAAGCCAGCCUUGCCAGCAGCAGCAGCCUUGACAUCUUUGACCCGCUUCCCGCUUCCUUUUCUUCCACCACUAACUCAACCAGGAAGACUCCAGAGUCAUUUCUGGGGCCCAAUGCUGCCCUGGUGAAUUUGGACUCUCUGGUGACCAAACCAACUCAACCUGCGCCAGCGUUCAACCCAUUCUUGGCUUCAGCAGGUGGUGCCGCCCCGGCCUCCAGCGCCCACGCCAACCCCUUCCAGGUGGGCCAGCCCGCCCCGCCCACCCUCAACCAGAUGCGCGUCAGCCCCAUGCCCUCGGGUUUCGGCGCCGCCAUGUCCGACCCCAUGUCCAGCCAGCCCGUCACCAUGGUGCCCCUGGCGGGCAUGGCCCCCGCCGGCCACCACCCGAUGGCCAACAUGAGUUCGGGCGCCGGAAUCUCCGCCUCCAUGUCCAUGCCCCAACCCCUGAUCAGCAUGCCGCCUCAGGCCGGCGCGCAGCCCACUGGAGCCACCAACCCCUUUAUUUUGUGAAGGUGACCCCACCGCCAUCUUGUCCCCUCCUUUAGGGUGUCUGAUCCCGUUUAAACCUUUUAUAACCUUAACCUCUUCCCCUCUCUCUCUCUUUCUCUCUCUACACGACGCCUGGUUGUGUUGUCCUCCAUCACACAUCAGACCUUAGACUUGUUGUUGUUUUGGGACACGCUCCUUCCUUCUGUGCAAGCCUGACUGUACUAACGCCAGGAUCUUAUCUCCUCACCACAGCUAAUCUUUUAUAAGCCCUGUCAGCUGGUGUGUGUAAGUGUGUGUGAGAGUGUGUGUGCACAUAUUAGUGCUUUUACACUGUGGAUCUUCCAGUGGGCUUCUCUUACUGGAGUUAGAAUGACAAAGACAUGUUGUGUUUAUACUCCGUGUAUGUAUGUGUGUGUGUGAGAGAGUGUGUGUGUUACUAAGCAGGGAUUUUGCACAUUUUGUUGUUUCUUUCCUUACAAUUUAUUUUGGCGACUGUUGGGCUCACCGUUACUCCUUAGCUUCGGGGAAGGGGUCUAGAACAAGUCCCACUGUGGACUUACUUUGUCCACACUUACUGGGCGUCCCAUGACAGGACCCCCCGUCCCACAACUCUCUACGUUGAUACCCGGGCGUCACAGGAUUCCCUUUGAACGCUUCUCAAACAUUCACGGUGACGCGUAACCUUACACCCCCCCCCCGCCGCGCGUGUGUGUGUGUAGACAGGAGUAGACAGUAGUAUCGGCCCACACACACACACACACACACACGCUGAGGCAUUGUGGGACUUGUUUUGUGUCUAGGAUCAAAGGGAAGUGUGUGUACGACGAGAAAGAGACCGUAUCAGCCUUGUGAGGAGUUAGGCUCCGCAAUGAUGUCAGCAUUUUCUGACGUAGGUCACAAGCUGUGACUGACAUGGUGGACGCACCCACACACACACACACACUUAUACACACACACUAGGGCGGUGGAACAAAGAAACAAAAUGCUGUCAUGAAUGAAGUGUUCUUCACUCCGUGCCGCCCCCUAGUGUAGUGUUUUCUACGCCGCAGCCUCUUCUAGCCCUUCCCUUAGAAGCACAACUGUUACCAAAGUCCUAGCGGUUUAUGUUUUUUGUUUUUUUGAGACACACUCCCGUUCUUACUGUUUUUUUUUUCCCCCGACGUAGUUGAAAGCUAGUGAUGGGUGAAAGGAUACUGAUCAUCGAUACAUUAACAAGUGACCGAUACAGCGGCCGUGUCGCUGGACUGUGAAGCAGCAAACGGGAACUUAUUUGGGUCCACAGGUGCCAGCCAGCGUGUAAUCAAAGAAGUCGCAGGAAAGGGAACAUUUUGAUCUGAGUGCACCAAAUGUUUACUAUUUGGCCCAUUUUCAUUUUCUUUGUGUAGCUACUCGUCAAAAAAUAUAUAUUUUUUGCUAAUUUUAUUUGUAGGUCACACGCAAUGACCAGUAAUAAACACCAACACAGCAUCAGUGCAUUGUGGAUACAGGUAGUGCGUGUGCCAUACGCUCACUGAAGCGUCAUUUACUAGGAGUGUGAAUCGUUGGCUACCUAACGAUUCCAUUCGAUUCCUGGUGGGACAAUUCGAUUCAGAAUCGAUUCCUGAUUCAAACAGAGUCUCUCAAUGUGUUUGGUGUAGUAAUACUAAUGGAACCCUUUCAAAACAUGUUGGAAAAGCUCAUUCUGGUUGCAUGGAGAUGGCCUGAAAACGUUUUGUUGUUUUUUUUAAUCGAUUUUUGAAAAUUAUGAAUCGAUUUAGAAUUUGGAAGAAUAAGAAUGGCCAUUCGGAUGUGAAUGAUUUUUUUUGUGCACCACAUAUUUCUUUUUGUGUAGCUACUCGUUAAAAAACAGAAACCCAAUAUAAAUAUAAUAUCUAACUGGGAAACGCCAACACAGUAUCAGUGCAGGGUUGAUACAGGUAGUGAGUGUGCCAUGCGCUCACUAAGGCGCAAUUUGUGUGAAUCGUUGGCCACCUAACGAUUUGACCCGAUUCCUGGGGUGACGGUUUGAUUGAGAAUCGAUUCCUGAUUCAAACCGAUUCUUGCAAUGUAUUUGGUGUAGUAAUUCUAAUGAAUUCAAAACAUGUUGGAAAAGCUAAUUCUGGUCUAAAAACGUUUUUUGGAUAAUCGAUUCUUAUUAAAAAAACAAUUCCAAUCAAUUUUUGAGAAUUAUGAAUUGAUUUUCAAUCUGGAUAAAUUAGAAUUGCGAUUUUUUUUCUUCUUUCCUGCAGCCCAGCCCUACUUUAUGGCUCAUUGACCACCCUUGCACUUUUCAUAUUUUUUUUGUGUAGCUACUCGUAAAAAAAAAUAGAUAUAAAUAUUAUCUAACUAUUGAUUUUAUUUAAAGGUCAAAGGUGAUUACUUUUUUUAAUUAGCAGAUGGCGGCCGACCAGGUAGUGAGUGUACCACACGCUCACUGAGGUGUCAUUUACCCAUCACUACGCUACUUUUUUUCCAAGUUUGUAUCAAAGUGUUUGAGUCUCCAAAAGAGAUAAAUAAGUAUUUGUCCAUCACUGCCAAUAUUUUCUUUUUACACUUUAGUUUCCUCUCUUGAUGUCAUUUUUCCUCUUCAUUGCAGACCUUUUAUUUUCUCUCAGGCAAAAAGGAGGCGCAGCUUCAAGGGGAUGUGACGUGAAUGAGGGCUGGUUUGAUGAAUGGAUGAAUGAAUUGCAACACAACUAUAAUAUGCAAACAUUGAGAGAAAAGAUGCCUGAUGUGAUUUGCUAAUAGUCUUUAUCGUACGGCUAAUUAUUUAUCGUACGGCUAAUUAUUCAUUUAGCUAAGAAGCGACACUUUCUCACUUGACUUCGAUAUUCAAGUGAACAUGAAAAAAAAAAAGACGACACUGCAAAUGACCACUUUUUAUGCGCAGAGGGGCAGCGAUGCGUCGUUACGUAUUUACUAACAGACUGUCCUGUCUUUAUAGGCGUUAAUAAUAGCCACCUUUCUAUUCCUUUCUCACAGUACUGGGGAGCAGGCUGCUUUUUAUCGCUUACAAGCUGUCGGCAUUAUAACUGUAUAAUAUAAUUUAUCAUUUGUACUAUUGUAACAUAACGUUCUUCCGUUGACCUUAUUUUUUGUUCUCAGUCUAAUGGGUUUUUGUAGAAAAAAAGAAGUCCCCGUGGAAUUUAACGGCGUCUAAAAGAAAAAGGAGCGCGGCGAGGACGAGUGUAGCUGCAUUGGUUCAAAAUAAAAUUAUAUCACUUCUGCUCUGAA